AUGAAGGCACUUUCGUGGGCCCGUGAGCAGGUCAGGAGACGUCCAAGAGUCGGUCUGGGGGCGGCUGGGGUGGUGUUCGCAGUCAUCCUCACACUUCAUGCGCGUGUGAUCCGAGCAUCGGCGCAGCAGUUGGAGUCUGAAUCGCCUCCACUGUGCAAAGAUGGUGAAGGAAUACAAGUACGUCUAUCCGAAAAGCUAUCCUCGGCUCAGUUCAAAUGUCAGCCCGGUAAAAUAAUCCUUCCGCCCUUGCGCGGUGAGGAAACAAGAGGCAAUAAUAAAGUCUUCAGCGGCUUUCUUGAUGCAGAAGGCAAGAUCCCGAUACCGUUCCCGCCCACAGGCUUCACGAUUGAGAACACCACCGGAGAAACCUAUACUCUGAAGGCGAGCUCCUUUCCGCAACACAGCGGCAUCUGGUAUCUCUUCUGUGAUACCAAGUCCGAGGUCAAGCAAACCGACCAGGCGGAUGCCACGGUGAAGUGCCCUAUAACGGUCGUAAUUGAGGGAACCUCGAAGGAUCCGCAAUGCAUCCGCAUGAAUGGCACGACAGAUCUCCAGGUCGAAGGCGCGGGGGGGAGUGUCACAUUUGGAUGUGGCUACAAUUUUCCACGGCUAGAUCCGGGCCUGCCCAGCACUGAUGUCUACGUCGGCCGGGAGUGCGACUCGAAGCAGAAGCUGUCGACGCUUGCGCCUGGAGCGGAACUGACAAAUAAGGAAGGGAGUCAGCUAUAUACCCUAGCAGCGCCGACCCUUCCUCAGUCGGAACAAACUUUAUGUUACCAGUGCCGCGGCGAGUCCAACGCGAGGUUUGCGUCAUGCGUAGCUGCUGAGGACCAGCCUGCUGCCGCGAUCGGGCUGCUGGAGUCGAUGCUUGUCAACAGAAUGUGGACUGUGGGGCCGCAAAAGCUUGAACCUGCUUUUCUGUCUCCGGUGCAGACAGACACCUUUUAA